UCAGGGUGCGCCCUGAGUACAGCUGCGCAAUGAUCGCGGGUGAGCGCAUAGGUGGGAUCUGGGACAAUGAGAUCGUAACGCCGGAAGAGCCUAAACAAGUUUAAAAAGGGGCUUGUGCUGUACUGCCUAUCGAGUUUAUAAUAGAUAAGAUGAAUACGCGAAUCAGACCGGGCUAUCACCGCCUGGAAAUUAACAAAACAUCAUGGGAAGUACCGGAGCGGUACCGGGAUCUGAAGCAGGUGGGGACCGGAGCGUACGGGACGGUAUGCUCUGCAGGAGACUCAAGAACAGGAGCAAAGGUGGCAAUCAAGAAGCUCUACAGACCGUUCCAGUCUGACAUCUUUGCAAAACGGGCCUACAGGGAGCUGAGGCUCCUCAAACACAUGAAACAUGAAAAUGUGAUUGGCCUGUUAGAUGUGUUUACAGCUGACCUCUCUCUGGACAGAUUUCGUGAUUUUUAUCUGGUGAUGCCCUUCAUGGGAACAGAUCUGGGGAAGCUGAUGAAGAUGCAGAAGCUCUCAGAAGAAAAAAUUCAAUAUUUGGUUUACCAGAUGCUUAAAGGGCUCAAGUAUAUCCAUUCUGCUGGUAUCAUUCACAGGGACCUCAAACCAGGAAAUCUCGCUAUCAACCAAGACUGCGAGCUCAAGAUCUUGGACUUUGGCUUAGCCAGGCAGGCAGACAGUGAGAUGACGGGGUACGUAGUAACUCGCUGGUACAGAGCCCCAGAGGUGAUCCUGAACUGGAUGCACUACACUCAGACGGUGGACAUUUGGUCAGUGGGCUGCAUCAUGGCAGAGAUGCUGCAAGGAAAACCUCUUUUUAAAGGCAGUGACCACCUAGAUCAGCUGACUGAGAUCAUGAAGCUCAUAGGAACACCAUCACAGGAAUUUAUAUCAAAACUAGACUCUGAGGAUGCAAAAUCCUACCUCAAAAGCCUUGGAAAAGUGGAAAAGAAAGACUUUCAGAAGGUGUUUUCCACAAGUAAUCCACAAGCCGUGUCAGUGCUGGAGCGAAUGUUAUUGCUAGAUCCAGAAAAACGGGUAACUGCUGCAGAAGCUCUCACGCUGCCUUACUUCACUGAGUUUAGAGACCCAGACGAGGAGACGGAAGCACAGCCAUAUGAUCACUCACUAGACAAUGCAGAGCUGACUUUGGACCAGUGGAAACGUCACACCUUCACAGAGAUCUUGUCUUUCAAGCCUGUUGUGCUGGAAGCCAAGGACCCCUCCAAGGAAACCUCACUGUAACAUGCACAGAGCUGACACUGCAACCUGGAACCAGAACAAACAAACACGUUUUUUUUAAUGACAAUCUCAACUAUGAAAACUCAACUUAAUGAAUGUAAACUGGGAUUUUUCACGACAGUUAAAUAGACACUUUAUUUGUUCUAAAAUAAUAAAUGUUUCAUUAAAAUACAAAGUCUCAGCUGCAAA